AUGCGUGAUUUAUGCAAUCUCGUAUGGAAUACUGGAGUUUGGCCCACUGACUGGAAAAAAUCACUAGUGAUUCCGUUACACAAAAAAGGAUCAACGAGAGUAUGUGGGAAUUAUCGCACGGUGGCUCUGAUAUCUCAUGCGAGCAAGAUAAUGCUGUAUACACUCAAUAGUAGAUUACAAUCCUAUCUACAGUGGCAAAUACCCGGUGAACAGGCGGGAUUUGUUAAAGGACGGGGCACAAGAGAACAGAUCGUGAAUGUGAGGCAAAUAAUUGAGAAAAGCCGGGAGUUCAAUACACCUGUGUUCAUGUGCUUCAUUGACUACUCUAAAGCAUUUGACUGCAUAAGAUGGAAUUGUUUAUGGGACAUACUCCGGGAAAUGGGCGUACCUCAACAUCUCAUAGUAUUGAUUGCCAAUCUGUACCAAGAAGGCGAAUCCAUGGUUAGAGUCAAUGGCGUCAUAUCUGGACCAUUCAAGCCAAGAAAAGGAGUAAGACAGGGAUGUAUCCUGUCUCCUAUCCUGUUUAACAUCUACGGGGAAUAUAUAAUGAGAAGGGCCCUAGAAGGAUGGGAGGGAGGAAUUUCAAUCGGGGGUGUUAAGAUCAGCAACCUCAGAUAUGCGGAUGACACCACACUCUUUGCAUCAUCGGAAAAAGAACUCGCUCAACUCUUUCGCAGAUUAGAGGUAGAGAGUGGACUGGCUGGACUUAGUAUUAACAAGUCCAAAACAAAAGUUAUGUUGAUAGACAGAACCGGUCAACUCUCUAGGACUGGAGAACUCUCGGACCUAGAAUUUGUGAGUGAGUUUGUUUACCUCGGAUCGCUACUUUCGGACAGAGGAGGAAGUGAACAAGACAUAAGAAGACGAAUCCAAAUAGCCAAAGGUGCAAUGAGUAGAUUAAAAAGAAUUUGGCAGAACAGAAAAAUCUCUAAUGUCACCAAAAAGAGACUUGUCAGAACUUUAGUGUUCUCCAUCUUCCUUUAUGGCUCUGAAGCAUGGACGAUUCGAGCAGCAGACAAGAAAAGGAUUGAUGCGUUCGAAAUGUGGUGUUGGAGAAGGAUGCUUCGGAUACCAUGGACCGCUAAGAGGACCAACGAAUCGAUCCUGGGGCAGCUUCGUGUUGACACCAGACUCUCUACCACGUGUUACCGGAGUAUUCUGAGUUACUUUGGUCAUAUUGCCCGACGCCCACCUAAUAACUUGGAUAGACUUAUAGUCGUAGGUAAGGUGGGGGGCAAAAGACCACGCGGCCGAUCAUCUAGCCGCUGGUCAGACCAGGUCAAAUCACUCACUGGCCUCUCACUCACGACUGCAAUGCAAAAAGCCGAGGACCGGACAGAAUGGAGGGCUAUAGUGAACAGCGCUACGAAGGCACUAAAAUACGGACACGACCUUCAAUUUUGA